AUGCACAUGGAAGUAUGCAGUACAGUAAAGCAAUGUGGCAAGGAUAAGCAAACUACAGUAAGGCAUACAACCACAAGCACACAGCAUCCAAAGAAAAACUAUACCCCAGCCUUUCCGUUGUCUCAUCAAGAGACGCUAUCCACUAUCUAUUCAACUCUCGCCAACUACAAUGAACUCCCAGAAGUGCGGCUCACCACUGUAUGCCCUCUAGCGCAUCUUCCUGUCCUCGACUGUACACUCCCUAAUUUGUAUGUAGAUAAGAAGCUUGAUAGGAAAAACAGUGUGUGCGCCCACCAGACAUCUUUAUUCCUUACAUGCACGAAUUUUUUGUGCACAAAUUGUGCAUGUGGAACUUUUCAAUAUUAA